GGCUGAGGGCUGCUGAGGAUCAGGCAGCGACCGGGACGCUGGGCCGCGGGCGCCUCAGCGAUGUUUUACUCAGGACUCCUCACCGAGGGCGGCCGCAAGGAGACGGACAGGCGGGAGGCGGCGUCGCUGCGGCAGCAGCGCCGGAUGAAGCAGGCCGUGCAGUUCAUCCACAAGGACUCGGCCGACCUGCUGCCCUUGGACGGCCUCAAGAAGCUGGGCUCGUCCAAGGACACGCAACCUCAUAACAUUCUGCAGAGGCGUCUCAUGGAAACCAACCUGUCAAAGCUCCGAAGCAGUCGUGUCCCUUGGGCCUCCAAGACCAACAAACUCAAUCAUGCCAAGUCUGAGGGGCUAAAGAAGUCUGAGGAUGAUGACAUGAUUUUGGUUUCUUGCCAGUGUGCUGGAAAGGAUGUGAAAGCCUUGGUUGACACAGGCUGUCAGUAUAAUCUCAUCUCUUCAGCCUGUGUGGACAGACUGGGACUCAAGGAGCAUGUCAGAUCUCACAAGCAUGAAGGAGAGAAGCUUUCUCUACCCCGACAUCUGAAAGUAGUGGGCCAGAUUGAGCACCUAGUGAUCACACUGGGCUCCCUCCACCUGGACUGCCCAGCAGCCGUGGUUGAGGACAAUGAGAAAAACUUGUCCCUUGGUCUCCAGACUCUCCGAUCCCUGAAGUGUAUCAUAAACUUGGAUAAGCACCGGCUGAUCAUGGGGAAGACAGACAAGCAAGAAAUCCCUUUUGAGGAAACAGUUUCCUUGAAUGAAGACAACACUUCAGAAGCAUAACUACAGCCUGCAGCAUGUCUGCACAUGUGCACACAUACCAGGUUGACAGAUUAAGAAAACUGGGUUUGAACCAAAUGCAGUAGCAACUUGCUUUGGACCAAGUCCUCCCCUCUAAUAGAAGCUCCAGGGGGUCCUUCCCACCCAGACCUCUCUAGAUUUUAGUCUGUGCUUAGAGAUCUUGUCUGGUUAUAGCCAUUGUUUUUUACUCCUUUGAUCACUUAAU